AUGCCUGAUCAGAACUACACCUACACACCACCACCAGUGAAGUGCAACGGAUUUGAUCCCAGGGCUUUCCGCUGGGUCCAGACCAUGAGGCUGGCAGUGGAGGAGAUAAACGAGAGCACACAGCUGCUGCCAAAUCACACCCUGGGUUACAAAAUCUUUGAUUCUUGUGCGUACCCGCUGACUGGUCAGAGGGCCGCUCUGGCUGUGCUGAACGGGCUGAGUGAGGCCGACUCUCCCAUGUGCUCUGGAGCCUCUCCGAUGCUGGCUGUGAUCGGGGAAUCAGGAUCUGCUCAGUCCAUCGUGGUUUCCAGACUCCUGCGGCCAUUCAGGAUCCCUAUGAUCAGCUACUUCUCAUCGUGCGCCUGCUUCACCGACAGAAGACAGUAUCCCACAUUUUUCAGAGUAAUUCCUAAUGAUGACUACCAGGUGAAGGCCAUUGCUCAACUUCUGCAGCACUUCAACUGGACUUGGGUCGGGCUCAUUCGAGGAGACCAUGAAUACGGGCGUUUUGCGGUGCAAGGUUUACUGAGAGAGUUACAGGGCAGCAGUGUGUGUGUAGCUUACCAAGAAAUGAUCCCCCUGCUCUACAACACACAGCGGGCACUGGAGAUUAUGCAGGUCAUGCGGCGCUCUUUGGCAAAAGUAGUGGUGGUAUUCUCAGCCGAAGGGGAAAUGACGCCGUUCCUCAGGGACUACAUGAAGCAGAACAUCACCGGAAUCCAGUGGGUGGCGAGUGAAGCCUGGGUCACGGCGUCUGUCUUUACAGGAAGGGAGUUUUACCCCUACCUGGGGGGCACCAUUGGCUUUGGCGUCAGAAAAGGUCACAUUGCUCAACUCAGUGACUACCUGCAGACAGUCAACCCUCAGCGAUAUCCCAACAAUGUUCUGGUGGGCGAGUUGUGGGAGGCUCUGUAUGGCUGCAGCCCUUUUCCGUCCUCUGCCAACCCUUUCCCAGUUUGUUCAGGGCAAGAGGUGCUGCUGAAGCAACACUCAGCCUACAUGAACACAUCCAGCCCCAGGGUGGCCUACAAUGUAUACAAGGCUGUGUACGCAGUCGCUCAUUCACUGCACAACCUCCUUCUUUGUCAACCUGGCAACGGGCCUUUUGAAAACGAUUCAUGUGCUCAAAGCAACAAGAUACUCCCCUGGCAGCUUCAGUACUACCUGCAAGAAGUGAAGUUCGACAUGGCUGGGGAGGAGGUAAACUUCGACCUGAAGGGCGACUCGGUGCCGUACUAUGACAUUAUCAACUGGCAGAGAGGCACGACUGGAAGUAUUGAGUUUGUCAACGUGGGGUUGUUCGACGGGACUAAGCCUGGUGGAGAGGAGCUGGUGAUCCAGGAGGAAAGAAUAAUGUGGGCAGGUCAUCAGAGUGAGGUGCCAGGGUCUGUGUGCAGUCCCAGCUGCCCUCCAGGCUCCAGGAAAGCUGUCCGUCGUGGGGAGCCUGUAUGCUGCUUUGACUGUGUACCAUGUGACAGCGGCAAAAUUAGCAAUCAGACAAACUCAGUAGAAUGCAUAUUUUGUCCUGAGGACUUCUGGUCCAACCAAGACAGAACAAGCUGCAUCCCCAAGAAGGUGGAGUUUUUGGCCUACGAUGCCUUGGGCAUACCCCUGACAGUCAUUUCAGUAGUGGGUGCCUCUCUCACUAUCGGUGUUUUUGUCGUGUUUUUCUACCACAGAAGCACGGCAGUCGUGCGAGUGAACAACUCGGAACUCAGCUUUUUCAUCCUGUUGGCUCUAACGCUUUGCUUCCUGUGUUCUCUUGUUUUUAUCGGAGAGCCCACCGUUUGGUCCUGCAUGCUCCGUCACACGGCCUUUAGCAUCACGUUUUCGCUCUGCAUCUCCUGCAUCCUGGGAAAGACUCUGGUCGUUUUGGCUGCAUUCACGGCCACCAGGCCGGGGGACAACAUCAUGAAGUGGUUCGGGCCCAAGCAGCAGCGAGCCAUUAUUUUCAGCUGCACUCUCGUCCAGGUGGUGAUCUGUGCCGCCUGGCUCAUUGACGCCCCACCUUAUCCAAUUCGAAACACCAAAUACGAACGCUCAAAGAUCAUACUGGAGUGCAGCGUUGGGUCGAGUCUUGCAUUCUGGUGCGUUUUAGGAUACAUUGGCCUCCAGGCGUGUCUCUGCUUUGUGCUGGCAUUCCUGGCUCGAAAGUUGCCCGGAAACUUCAACGAGGCCAAGUACAUCACCUUUAGUAUGCUGAUCUUCUCCGCUGUGUGGCUCGCUUUCGUCCCUGCUUACGUAAGCGCCCCCGGAAACUAUGCAGGUGCAGUUGAGUCCUUCGCCAUUUUGGCCUCCAGCUUUGGGUUAUUGUUUUGUCUGUUUGCCCCAAAAUGUUACAUUAUUUUGCUAAAGCCAGAGAAAAAUACAAAGCAGCACUUCAUGGGUAAAGAAAAACGGUAA